CUAGGUGCUAUCCGCUCGGCUGGAUAAUGAGCUAACGAUAUAUGACCAACUCGAAGCUAGGCUUUGUUAGCGAGAAUUCGUGCAAAUCGUUCAAACAAAACUUUCUUAGGCCUAGCACCAUUGCUGUUCCUCCGGGUGGCUAUGCUCGAUGUUGGCUUGAUAGGCAUAUAGGAAUGAUGGCAUAAAUAUUAUUGUGGUCGUUGCUGAUAUCGAUAGCGUUCUGUGGAUAUUUGGUGACGGAUUAAGAUAGACGGAACUUGGUCUCUGGAUAUUAUGUGGAGGUGCUCGGUAGAUAAGGUUCCGUGCAGGAGAUGAAGAUAUCAAAGUCACAAUGGCUGCUGUUUCUCGCCUUGGGUGUGACAACAACACGAGCUGCCACCACUACGACAACUUCCACCACUACGACAGCAUGGAUUGACCAAGAUUACCCGAAAGCUGUUAUAAGUCUGGCCGUGCUGGCUGUGGCCGUCUUGAUAGGGUUUGGUAUAGCUAAGUUAGCGGAUUGGUGCUACGAGAGGGAAGCGGUGAGGGACGAUGCUAGUGAUAUCAGUGAAAACACCAAAGAGUUACUCAAAGCACAACUUGCACUUAUGGGAUUUAGAAAACCGAAGAAAACAGGCGCUGAUGGUAAAGUUAUAGUGAGCAAGGAGAGACAGCGGGAGGUGUUCAACACGUGGGCGCAGAAAGUCCGGGUCCACAAGAAAAAGCGCCUGGAGGAAGAAGCGAAGGCGGCUAAGGCAGGUGGGAAGGCUCCUGCCACGCCUACUUCCAAAUCUACCCCAGCGUCCGCACGAAAGUCGCCGACGAAAUCUUCGUCGAAAUCUGCCGGAGCAAAAGGGAAGGAGGAUAAGUUUCACGACGCUUUACAACAAUGGGAGGAUGUGGACGAAAUGGUGCCGACUGUGAUGGAACCAAAGAGCCCAACGCCAUCAACCAAAUCAAAACAAGCCGCGAAAUCUAAAACUCCAACGAAAAAUAACAGCAAGGCUGCGCUGGAGCCGGUCAACCAUCCGAGCGCUGUUGACGUCACGAGUUUGUCGUCUGCCGAUUUUGAUUUUAUUGAUGAGACGUUCAAAUCUUUGGAUAAAGACAACAAAACUACCGGUAAACCCAAAACUGAUACCAAACAGACGACAAGGCCUAAUAAGGUUUCGCCCGUUUCACCGGUCGGGACGGAAUUACAGACGCUGAAAGAUACGCCAAACCCUCAAGUUCAAAAUAAGACUCAGUUUUCGCGUUAUGUUCGAGAACCAACGACAAUUUCUCAAGGACGACCUAAGUCGUCUAACGGUGCCAAAUCGCCAGCUAAAGCACCUAGCACGCCGAAACGAUAGCAUGGCUUGCUACGUUGUGUUUACAUCGGAUUAUUUUAGGUAUUGCUCAAAUGUCUGUGAUUAAAAACCCUGUGGGGCCGAUUCGUAAUCCGUCGGUGUCGUUCCUUUCAAAUCAUGUCAAGGAUUACUUUGUAGACGCAACAAGUGUUUGACGUCAACAACAAGCUCGAUCAUAGCACGAUCCUUCAGUGUGGGCUGCGACGACUGUCCGUGACUCACCAUCAACCAGUUCUAGCCUUACCAUUUAUUAAAACCAGGGGGAUUCGUCUAUUUCUUUGUUUAAAGCAACUGUGACAUCUUUUUCAAAUGAAUAAAUAUUUUGUCUUCGUGCUGUGACCAAGCCCUGCAAGUACUCAAAAUAAUGACUAUACAGUUCUUAUGAAAAUACAUGGAAAAAGGGUGUAACGAAACAAGCUCGUGACCGGUGAUUAUUUAUUUUGACAAGCUACACCGUUACAACUCCAUUUUUUAGACUUCGGCGAUGGCCAUUGUCGCAAAGUGUUCUCUGACGCCUUAUUUACUCAAGUACGUCAGAGCGAAGCGGUAUAGCCAUGAUUUGACAAGGGCUGUUUCCAAGAUCAAACGGGGGAGCACAGUUUAUAUUCAGGAAAACUCACCUCCAGCAUACUGAUUCGUGCGUAAUACUCAAAGUAGGCCCAACAGAAUAGUCCUUCCGUCGUUUGUAACUGGUCUGGUCCCAUCCCACGUGGGGCCAAAGGCACUCUGUAUAAAAACACAGAGGUCUGGGAGGGGGUGGGUGGGCUGUAGCUCCCUGCAUGCAGUGGGGCCUAUUAUUGUACAGACGACAUGCCAGUCGUCGUAGCUGACAGUUUUCCGUCCUCUCUGUCCAUAGCUUGUGCAGGUGUCGGAGACAACAAAUGUAUUCGAGGGACAAUGGCAAAAACCUGCACGAAAGUUAUAAGUGUCAUCCACCAGCAAGCUUCAUGUUAAUACAUACACCAGCAAGCUUUAUGUUAAUACAUGUAUCAUAUUUUAUUCAUUCAGCUUUUGUAAAAAGAUGUAAAUAAUGUUGAUAAAAAAAGUCAUUGCCAUUUGCGCAUAAAAAUGUGAAAACGACGAAAAGACGUUUAAAGAUGCAGUGUGGGGGUCGGAAGGGUCGGAGGGGUCGAACAAGAGGGCAGACGACACCGGUUGGACGGUUCGUCUGCUCGAAUGAUCAGAGGAUUUGGAUAUGAUGGCAAUAUGCUACUCAUUUCGCGUGACUUAUUGGCAAGGACAUCUGAACCUAAGUAAAAUGACGGAUGUUGCAUUCGGUAGUUGUGAUCAUGUUAACAACACUACUUUCGAGUAUGACCAAUAUUCGGCGAUUCACCUAUUGCUGGGGCAUGCUUACACAUGAGCUGAGUCUCUGACCUAACCAGGCGGUUGUCAAUGGUCUCCUUUGUCUUUUUUUUUCAUUAAGCAUUCUGUAUGUGUUCGUAGAACAGAUUAUUAAAAUAUUCUCUUUUAUAAUA